AUGGGCACCAUACAGAACCCGUAUCUGCUGCACCACAACGUGCUCAGUAUAGAGCCCAUAGCUCCCACACCCGUGCAUGGUGGCCCACGGGAGAAAGGGGCCAUCGGCCGUGGCCUUGCGGCGCGGGGCGGGAGGAGCCGGCUGCGGGCUGCCAUGGCUCUGGGGCUCUCCUCCAAGAAAGCCUCUUCCAGGAACAUCGCCGUGGAGAGGAAAAACCUCAUCACUGUCUGCAGGUUCUCGGUGAAGAGCCUGCUGGACAAGUACACGGCAGAUCCCAUCGACGACUCCUCCGAGGAGUUUGUUAAUUUUGCUGCCAUCCUCGAGCAGAUCCUCAGCCACCGCUUCAAAGGCCCCAUCAGCUGGUUCAGCUCCGAUGGGCAGCACGGCUUCUGGGACUACAUCCGCCUGGCCUGCAGCAAGGUCCCCAACAACUGUGUCAGCAGCAUCGAGAACAUGGAGAACAUCAGCACCUCCAGGGCCAAGGGCCGGGCCUGGAUCCGUGUGGCACUGAUGGAGAAGCGCAUCUCCGAGUACCUGACCACGGCCCUGCGGGACACACGGACCACCAGGCGGUUUUAUGAGGACGGGUCCAUCAUGCUGCGGGAGGAGGCCAUGGUGCUCACGGGGAUGCUCGUCGGGCUCGGCACCAUCGACUUCAGCUUCUGCCUGAAGGGUGAGGUGAUGGAUGGGAAGAUGCCCAUGGUCAUUGACUACACACCCUACCUGAAGUUCACACAGAGGUACGACCACCUGAGCGAGGAGGAGGAGCGGGGCAGCGUGGAGAGCAGCACGAGUGAGGACAGCUCCCCCGACCACCCCUACCUGCCCCUGGUCACUGAUGAUGACAGCUGGUACAACAAGUGGCGCAAGAUGGAGAAGAAAUUUCGCAUUGUUUAUGCCCAAAAGGGGUACCUGGAGGAGCUGGUGAGGCUGCGGGAGUCGCAGCUGAAGGACCUGGAGGCGGAGAACAAGCAGCUGAAGCUGCGCCUGGAGGAGGUGAUGGUGCAGAACCAGCUGGAGAAGAGGGAGCUGGAGGGUGUCAUCCUGGAGCUGCAGGAGCAGCUGACAGGGCUGAUCCCCUGCGAGAACCCACAGCUGGCCCAGGCCUCCAAGGAGAUGGUGACACCUCUGGUGAACCAGUGGCCCUCGCUGGGGACCCUCAACGGCAACGAGAGCAGCUCGGACAGCAAGUUCUACAGGAGGAACAGCUUCGUGAGCACCGACCAGCUCUCGGCCGAGAACAGCCUCAGCUCCGACUCCCAGUGCCUGGGCGAGGGCAAGCGCGAAGGCGAGCCCUGGGGGCCCUUGGGGAAGGACCCCACGCCCUCCAUGCUGGGGCUCUGCGGUUCCCUGGCCUCCCUGCCCAGCUGCAAGUCCCUGGCCAGCCUCAAGUCCAACGAGUGCCUGGUGAGCGACAGCACCCAAGCCAGCCCCACCCGCAGCCCCAGCUGAGACCCCCGGCCCCCUCGCCGCCCCACGGCCCGGCUGCCCAGCCCACGGCAGAGGACUGAUCUCGCCACCCCGGGACC